GCUCGGGAGGUGGUUAGGGAGUGAAUCUUCUGGAAGGCGACUUUAAAGGCGCCCGGCCAGAGCGAAGGGCGAUUUGUGCUGCCGUCGCCCGAACCUGGGAUGAACCACAAGAGCAAGAAGCGGAUCCGCGAGGCCAAGCGGAGUGCGCGGCCGGAGCUGAAGGACUCGCUGGACUGGACCCGGCACAACUACUACGAGAGCUUCCCGCUGAACCCGGCGGCCGUGGCGGACAAUGUGGAAAGGGCAGACGCUUUACAACUGUCGGUGGAAGAAUUUGUGGAGCGAUAUGAAAGACCGUACAAGCCCGUGGUUCUGCUGAAUGCCCAAGAGGGCUGGUCCGCGCAGGAGAAGUGGACUCUGGAGCGCCUCAAAAGGAAAUACCGGAACCAGAAGUUCAAGUGUGGGGAGGAUAACGACGGGUACUCGGUGAAGAUGAAGAUGAAAUACUACAUCGAGUACAUGGAGAGCACCCGCGAUGACAGCCCCCUUUACAUCUUUGACAGCAGCUACGGGGAGCACCCCAAAAGAAGGAAACUUUUGGAAGACUACAAGGUGCCCAAGUUUUUCACCGAUGACCUUUUCCAGUAUGCGGGGGAGAAGCGCAGGCCCCCUUACAGGUGGUUUGUGAUGGGGCCACCACGCUCUGGAACAGGAAUCCACAUCGACCCUCUGGGAACCAGUGCCUGGAAUGCCUUGGUUCAGGGCCACAAGCGCUGGUGCCUGUUCCCUACCAGCACACCUAGGGAGCUCAUCAAGGUGACCCGGGAAGAAGGAGGGAACCAGCAAGAUGAAGCUAUUACCUGGUUUAACAUCAUCUAUCCCCGGACGCAGCUUCCAACCUGGCCACCUGAAUUCAAACCCCUGGAAAUCUUACAGAAACCAGGAGAGACUGUCUUUGUACCAGGAGGCUGGUGGCACGUUGUCCUCAAUCUUGACACCACCAUUGCCAUCACCCAGAACUUUGCCAGCAGUACCAACUUCCCUGUUGUCUGGCACAAGACGGUAAGAGGGAGACCAAAGUUGUCGAGGAAAUGGUAUAGAACAGAUACAGCACGGGCAGCGGCAGUGCAAGCCACCCCCAGCCACCCCGUGCCACUGUGUCCCAACCCUGACCUGGAGGGACCAGCUCUCGGGGUAAGAGAGGGAUCCCGGCUUGCUCAGCGCUCAGCCUCCCUGCUGAGAGGGCCAGCAAGGAUCUUGAAGCAGGAGCACCCGGAGUUGGCGGUCCUGGCUGACUCCGUCGACCUGCAGGAAUCCACAGGGAUCGCCUCCGACAGCUCCAGCGACUCCUCCAGCUCCUCCAGCUCCAGCUCGUCCGACUCGGACUCAGAGUGCGAGUCUGGCUCUGAAGGCGAAGGCACGAUGCACCGCAGGAAGAAGAGGCGGACGUGUGGCAUGGUGGGGAAUGGGGACACCACCUCGCAGGACGACUGCGUGAGCAAAGAGCGCAGCUCCUCCAGGAUUAGGGACACUUGUGGAGGCCGUGCUCACCCCUAAACUGAAGCUCUCCCUGAGGUGGCUCCCGUGGGAGCUGUUGGCAGCCACCCACCUCAGUCUUCCUGUCUUCUGCUCCUACCUUCUCCUUUGUCUUCUCUGAAUUUGGAUAAUCCUCUCUGACCCAAGCUCAUGUCUCCGGUCAAAUGCUGUUUUUUCUCUGCUAACUGAGACUAGAUUGUCAAGAAGUUAAAAAAAAUUCAGCGCGCUCAACGAAGCCCUGAAGGCCGCCGUGACGUCGGGUGAGAAGCUUCUGUGCUUUAAAACUGCUGGUCUGCCAACUGCAAGCCUGGAGGGCUGUGAUCCUUUGAAUGCCUUGUCGCCUUGCUGGUGGUGGUGUGGGACUCCCGCCAGACACGUGUCUGACUGCACGCAAGCAGAGACACCAAGAGUGGUGAGUGGACUCUGAGUUCCGUGUGAACCAGUUUUGUAAAAGAAGGACCAACGAGGACACCGCCUUCCUGUGGGCCAUCAUCCGUCCAGAAAUGCAUUUGGCAGCAGAAACCUGGCCGGGGGCCAGCGCCACUCACUCACCCACUGCGUAGUGCAGCCUUAGCGUUCGUCACCUUUUCUCCGUGGCCAGAGGGGCUGUGAGAUUCCAAGGAUAUUUUCACAUGGUGUGUGUUGUGGGGGAAGGAUGACACAUCGGGCUUGUUGGGUUUAUGAUCAAAGUGGGAAAGGUGUUCAGUGUGUUGUCAUCACAGAACUGAAGUUAUAAACAGGACCAGGUUCUUACAAAUUUGUCCCCGUCUUUCCCACCAUGUACCUGAUCCCUGAGUCAGAAGCUCUCGCUCUCUAAGAGGCUUCAUGAUUAACAGCUUCAUAUCCUGGACCUGCAGACAUUAGGUGGGCGAUCCUGUUAGCAUCCAGGAAUAAAUGCAGAGGUGGUUCA